AUGGUCUGGAAUAUUUACGGUUUAUCGUUGUUGGGAAAAUCAUAUUUUGUAGGUAUAUAUUGAUAAUCACGAAUAUUCUAGAACUUGUUUGCAAUACCUGUAAAGUUAUAAAUACGCAAGCUGCAGAUCGCCACAUUAUUAUAUCCACCUAUUUAUUUAUUUAUCUUACAUAAAGUAUGAAUUAAUAUUAAUAUUGUUUCUAACAAAUUUCAAGAAAAAAAUGCGUAGAAUAAAAACUUGGCUUCGAACUUCUAUGCUGCAGGAAAGGUUCAACAACACCUAAAUAUUAUAUAUUGAAAAAGAAAUUUCUAAAUCUAUUAAUACUGAAACAAUUGUUAAUAUAUUUGCACAAAAAAAUAGAUAUAUACAAUUAAAAUAAAAAUAAUUUAGUAGCUAUUCAAUAUUUUAUUUUUUUAUAUUCCUAUUACCUAUAUAUAUGUAUAUAUAUAUAUUUGGUGCCUCAGCUAGAAUCAAAUAGGAGUAGCCACUACAGUUAGUAGUUGGAACCAUCGGAAACGACUAAAAAUAUUUGUUAAUGAAUAAGANAAUAAUUUUAAGUUAAUAUUUACUUAACUAGGAUGCAAAAGAAAAAGAUCCACACAAUCUUGAAUAUUUUGUUCCUACUGCAACCACAAGUGCUGAACAAAACAUUAAUGACACUAUUGAAACUAUUGAUAAUUAUUUUAGAAAAAAUGCUUUCUUUCCUGUAUUUGAUGCUAUCUUGAUAAAUCUGGAAAAAAGAUUUUCUACUGAAAGCCUCCAAAUGGCUACAGCUGUUGAUCAAUUUUUUCAAUUAAACUUUGAGGAAAGUCUUUUCUUUGUAGAUCAUUAUAAAAAAAGUAUCUUAUCAGUUUCUGAAAAUUAAUUUUUACUUACCUAUGCUCUAGUUUUCUAGUUUUAUUAAAAGUGAACAUGUAUUUUGUAUAUUUUUCAGGAUUUGAUGAAUGUAUCUAAAGAUGUACUACAGUCAGAAAUAGAAGUGGCAAAGAAUUGUAUAUUGCAGUCUACUGAUUAA